AUGCAAUCGCCGUGCUUCUUCCAUCAGCGCUUUGACGACGCGGUUAAUAUCCAGAAGGUCCUUGAGGAAAUCACAGAUGAUGAGUGGCUGUCGCAUUCGCGCCUCGUCCAGACUGCGACCGGCGUCCGGGAGGUGUCCAAACAGCUGCAGCGCCGACCCAUCAAACGGGCCGUGCGGAACGUCAUGAUUGUGACGAAAGCGCGUGAUAAUAGCUUGGUACAUUUGACGCGCGAACUCGCCGAAUGGCUUCUUUCUACGCCGCGGUAUGGAAAUGAUCUAGGCGUCAACGUUUAUGUCGACGCCAAAUUACGGAAUUCGAAGCGCUUUGACGCGCAAGGGCUUUUAGAAAAGGAGCCCCGAUUCCAAGACAUGCUUCGCUACUGGACUCCCGACCUGUGUUGGUCAUCGCCAGAGAAGUUCGAUCUCGUCCUUACGCUAGGUGGGGAUGGAACGGUGCUCUUCACAUCCUGGCUCUUCCAGCGCGUGGUGCCGCCCAUCCUGUGCUUCUCCCUCGGAAGCUUAGGGUUCCUGACGAAUUUCGAGUUCGAAAAUUACAAGUCACAUCUAAACGCCGUGAUGGGAGACGUGGGGAUGCGGGUGAAUUUACGCAUGCGCUUUACAUGCACUGUGUUCCGGAAAGACCGGAGUAAAGGGGCGGACGCGGAUGCCGUGGAGGAGGGUGAGCAGUUUGAGGUGUUGAAUGAACUCGUCAUUGACCGAGGUCCAUCGCCCUACGUGUCCAACCUGGAGUUGUAUGCGGACAACGAGCUCCUUACUGUGGUUCAAGCGGAUGGCUGCAUAUUUUCCACGCCGACCGGCUCGACCGCGUACUCCCUCUCCGCAGGUGGCUCAUUGAUCCACCCUUCCAUCCCGGGGAUCCUUCUGACCCCGAUCUGCCCUCACACGUUAUCCUUCCGCCCCAUGGUACUAUCCGACUCGUUGUCGCUUCGGAUUGCAGUCCCCCCAGGGUCUCGAUCCACUGCAUACUGCUCGUUCGACGGCAAAGGGCGCGUGGAACUCCGUCAAGGGGACUAUGUGACUGUCGAAGCCAGUCAGUAUCCGUUCCCCACGGUCGUCUCCGGCAAUGGCGAGUGGUUCCAGAGUGUGCAGCGCGCACUGCGAUGGAACACCCGCGGUGCUGUCCAGAAGAGUUGGUACCGUGAUCAAGGCGACCUCCCCGACGACGAUGACGACGAGGAAUGGGACAUUGACCCCGAUGCUGGGCUCACCGGCACCGACAGUGGAUUCGGACCGAGUGAAGACGGCGAGUCCGGCUCGGCCAGUCCGAUGAAACGCCAGAUGAGCCUGCUGAGCAUGUGA